AUGGCUCCACGAGGACGAGGAGGGAAAUUCUCCAAGCCGACCAGAGGAGGUGGCAAGCAUUUCUCCCGUGACCUGCAGCCCCUGGACAAAGAGGGCAAUCAGAUGGGCAUGUGGCGCGAACCAGGAGAAGGCGACGAAGAAGAAUCCUCAGAGGAGGAAGAAUCCUCGGAAGAAGAGUCCUCGUCAGACGACGGCGAGGGCGCGUCCUCGUCCACCGCGCAGCCCCCGCCCGGCGGUGAGCUGACCCGCGAGCAACGCAAGGAGCUGGCACGCAAGAAGAAGCAGGAAGCUAUCGCCAAGAAGAGCCAGAAGACGGCGGCGGUGGGGGACCUGCCCAGCAGUGAAUCUGAAGACGAGGACGAAGAGGAAGACGAGGAUGAUAUGCCGGCGAACCCCAACCACACGCAAAAGGCCCGGUCGCAGGCCCGCGCGGUGACGGGUCCCAGCGGCGAAACACCCAAGAAGCCCGAGAAGGAGAACCUCAGCCGGCGGGAACGCGAGGCCAUCGCGGCCCAGCAAGCCCGGGAGCGAUACCAGAAGCUGCACGCCGAGGGCAAGACCGACGAGGCCAAGGCCGACCUGGCGCGGCUGAAGCUGAUCCGCGAGCAGCGCGAGGCCGCCGCGGCACGGAAACAGGCCGAGAAGGAGGAGAAGGAUGCCCGCGACAAGGAGAAGAACGACCGCGAGGCGAAGCUGCGAGAGGCGGCGCUGGGCACUGCGGCGGGCGGGGCGAAGCCGGUCAAGAAGGGCAAGAAAUGA